AAAAGGAGACGAGACGACGGACGACGACGACCGCACCACUCCACUCCACAAAGCCCAACCGCUAAAGCGCCGAGGCCGACCAUUAUAACCCACACAAAUUUCCCACCCAGAGGAGAGAACCCCGAGCCGAGCCGAGCACACCAAAAAGGAGAGGAGGAGGAAGAAGCUAGAGAGUCGCGCAGCUAGAGAGCACGGCCGCGAGAAAGGCUCGAGCUUUUCUUGCUUUCGGCGCCAUGGCGAGGCGGACGGCGCAGCGGUGCGGGCUGCUGCUGGUGGCGGCGCUCCUCGCGGUGGUCGCCGUGGCGGACGACAGCGGCGAGAAGUGCACGGGCGAGUGCGGGAACCCGUGCGGCAUCCCGUGCACCUACUCCAGCCCGCCGCCGCCGGAGCCGGCGAUGCCCCCGCCCGUCUACUACCCGCCGCCGGCGCCCGUCUACUCGCCGCCGCCGCCCGAGGCCGUCUACCCGCCGCCCACGCCCACCGCCGACUGCCCGCCGCCCCCCACCGAGGGCUACACGCCCGCGCCCUACACGCCCACGCCGUCCACACCGUCCGGCGGGUACACCCCGACGACGCCCUCCGGCGGGUACAAUCCGACUCCGUCGGGUGGCGGGUACAACCCCACGCCGUCCGGGUGGUUCACGCCGCCCAACUUGCCGUCGUACCUGACCCCGCCGGGGCCGCUCUACCCGCAGGACCCUGGGUUCCGGCCCAACGCCGCGCCGGGCGUCUCCGCGUCAUGGCGCGCGGCGGCCCUCGCGGCUUUGACGGUCGCCGGCGCCCUGGCCUUGUGAUCGCCACCGACCGACGCACCGAUCGCGCCAUGGCAAGGUACACGUGGGCGCCUCCGGAAGGCAUGGGGCCAGCAGCUGCACCGUUCGACCGAUCGAUCCAUGGAGCCGGUGAGCAGCAGUGGUGACCAUGGUAACCGAAGGGCGCGCAUGCAUGGCGUACGUUUUAAUUGAAUUCCGUUGAUUCCGUGUUGAUAAUAAGUAAGGUUAGGGGAAGCAGGUCGAUCCAUCUCGGUGUUAAUAAUUUUUUUGAGUUUUCAUUCGUGCUGUGUUCAUGUUCAGCCGUACAUCGGCGUCGGCAGAUGAACCGUUCUUGUCAUGUACGUACGUAAGUUGGGUCUCGUAUUUCACUUUGGUCAAUCAUAGGAAGGGAAAGGGUCACUACAUGUUCAUCAGACGAUGUGAUACUGAUACAUAUUUAUGCUUCUGAUUACUCACACUUGAAUUCUACUCCAUGUUUCAUGUCUCA